AUGGCAAGCUGUGCAAUGACGCUUUACGCCACAGGCUUGCAAGGAACAGCCAUUGUUUCGCCUCAGAUUCCGGCAGUUACUGUGCAUAGACGGAUUCUCACCCAGGCUCCCGAAGCUACUACUGGCGGCUUCAGCAUUGCAAGGUUCAGUGUUGCAGGCGUAGCGGCAGCAGGACUUGCAGCAGCUGGUCAAGCACGUUUUUCAAAGCCUUCCCAGAGAAAGGUCAUGACGGCUAUGUGUGCCAAAGGCGGUGAUGAUUCCAUGAAGGUUGCCUACGUCUUCGCCACGAACAUGAGCUCCACAUUCAAACUUGCUCAGAUGAUCUUGCCUCAGAUCGAGAGCGGCAACCACGGGGCAAAGGUGGCCGGGAUGAUGUUCUUCGAUGACAACAUUUUCUGCCUCAAGAAGGGGGAUCCUGUAGGGGAGCGGUUGGCCAAGGUGGCCAAAGAGAAUGGGAUGCUUCUCAUGGCCUGCGACCAGUGCGCCAUCAGACGGAAUCUGGCGAAUGGGACUAUGGAGCAGUGCGGCAGUGGCGAAGUGACUCCGAAGGACCUUUGCGACGGGGUCAUGGUGGGUUGCUUUCCCCAGCUCUACGCGGCUUUGGGGGAGGCAGGCGUACACCAGGUGAUCUCACUGUAA